AUGGCUAUGAGGGUUUCACUGAGGUUCAGGGGUUCUCAUUUCUGUGGAGGGGCUAUCCUGACUGAGCGCUGGAUCCUGACUGCUGCCCACUGCUUCUCCAUCGUCUCUACAAACUUUCUGAGGAACGUUAAUGUUGUGAUUGGGGAGUACGACCAGAGGGUUCCUGAUGAAGAAGAGCAGACCUUCACUGUGGACACCAUCAAAAUCCACGACAAGUACCAGCAUGCCUCUCCUAUGAGCUAUGACAUAGCUCUGCUGGAAAUCAAUGGACAUAUCCGAUUGGGCAGGUUUCUUCUCCGUUAUAGUGACAGGCGGUUGAUAUCUGUGCUUACAUCGUCUGCAGGCCCCAGUGUUCAGCCCAUUUGCUUGCCUCUGCCCAGUGAGAACUUCCCACCCAGGACCAGCUGCCUUGUGAGUGGAUGGGGACGGACCAAAGAGCGUGGUCGUCUACCUGCCAUUCUAAGAGAGGUGCAGCUGGAGUUGGUGGAACCGGCUAAGUGCAAGUAUGUUCUCCAGACCCUGAGACCCACACAGCAGGCCCUCACUGUGCUGUGUGCUGGGCCUGAGAGAGGAGGAAAGGAUGCCUGCCAGGGGGACUCUGGGGGUCCUCUGAUCUGCCCCAGGGAGGAUGGCCACUGGGCCGUGGUGGGGGUCACCUCCUGGGGGAAAGGUUGUGGCCGUAGCUGGAUCAACAACAAGGCCAAGUCGCCGGCCAAGAGAGGAUCCCCAGGGGUCUUCACUGACGUCAAGAUGCUCCUGCCCUGGAUCAAGAUGAAACUCAGAGAAGCAGAUGCUAACCCAAAACAAAGGUCCAAGUCAAGACUGUGCAGUGUGAGGGAUGGGCCUGUGAGCGGUAGUGAGGGUCUCAUCAGAAACCCAAGCCUCCCAGGCCAUCUCUACAACAACAAUGAGUGGGUGUAAUCCAUUGACAGUGCACAGGCCCGUUGCACAGGGGGAGUGAGGGAGAGCUGUGCUGAACUGAAUGUGCUCAUUGAAUGCCCUUGAAUUAAGUAUGCUUUUAGGACUAUUUAUUUUCAGGCCAAUUUGCCCUCACCACUCCCCAGCUGGCACAGAACGUUCUAACAACCAUAUGUUUCUUAGAGCUUGG